AUGGCCAUCCAGAAUAGUCCAUUUAAAGCACUCAGAUUGUCUGAAAUUUACGCCUAUAUCUCCAACAAUUUCCCAUAUUAUAAAAUGGAAAAUGGUGGAUGGCAGAACUCUAUUCGUCAUAAUUUGUCGCUUCGAGAGGAGUUCUACAAGGUUCAGACGACGGAUGGAAAAGGAAGUUUCUGGGCAAUGAACACUCAGUUAGGAUCCGACGUGUACAUUGGAAAAGAUUGUGGAAGUCUCCGUCGAAAGAAAAAUGGAAAACCUCGAAAAUAUUCGAAGCGGUCCAAUACAGUUAGCAAUCCGAAUCCUAUUCCCCAAAUUCCAAGUUUCACUCCCUCUCCUCUUUUGGCCACUCCCUUCCCAUUGUUCCUCUACAUAUCCCAAGCUUAUGCUCAAAAUCCGAAUCUUCUUCCAAUGAUGCUCCAAAAUUUCCAACACUUUAACUUCCAGAACAUCCCAGCUCUUUCAUUUCCAUUCCCAUUUUCGAAUUCGAACGGAAAUCCGAAUUCCAGAAAUUGA